UCGAUCAGCCGAGCAGAAACCGCUGCUGCGACCGACCAAGACUCGGGCAUUUCCCACGAUCCCAUCCAUCCGCCAUGGUCUUCUGAGCACGGCUGGUGUUUUUGCCCUCUCCGCCUGAAUGCGCCGCCCUGACUCUUGCUGGCCGACUGAAACGCUAACUGUAGAAUGGCGAUUCGAGCCGGGUAGUGCGAGUCCGCCGCGUGCGUGGCGGCACUUGCCUUGCAAGCGAAACAUUAUCGAAGGGAGCGACGUUUCUUGACCUCUCAGCAAAGCUCAGCAAUGAUCACCAGCCAGAACCCCAGAGCCUUCAUUUACAUACUUCUGGUGGCUGCCUAUCGGAGUCUUUCAAAGCCUGAUUCACAUAUACAGGCCAAAUUCCGAAGCAUCCGAUUGUUACCCUCUUCUCAGCAGUUCCGUACCGCAAUUCCUGUGGUUUUGAGGCGUCGGAAGUUCUAUUAUAGUAUUUAUUCGAAGGCCCUUUGAAGCGCCGACCCUUCUAGUACUGGGCGCGAGCGCCGCAAGUAUUUUCUUGGGGCGAACGGUUGCUUUGAAGCAGUUUCUUUCGAGUUAAGCAACAAAUAUUGAGGCGUUUUUUUUUAAUUUCUUCAAGAGUCUUUUUGAGAAACUUGCGGUGGAGUGUCAUCAUGAAGGCCACGCUGCUCGUGGUCCCUGUGACUGCACUCGCAGCGCUCCUCCUUUGCCUCCUCUCGCAACACUCUCCGCGUGUUGCGGCGGUGGCCCCGCCGACGAAGUCGCAGCUGAAGGCGGAGCUGUCGAAGCUCGCGAACAGCGUGGCGAAGAAAUACCCCCAGUACUCGAGUUACACGAGCACUGUCAAGAAGUACUUGGGCCUCGCAUUGAACUCAAAGUACGACCUGUCAGUGCUUGCCAACGCAACCAUCCUCAUCCCCACCAACACCGAGGCAGAAGCCCUCCUUAAGAAGCUCCCCUUUAAGAAGACAAACAUCCCCAAGAUCUACAACAUCACUGCGUUCCACCUCUUGCGUAUAAGACGCUUUAUGCCACAGCUUAAAGCCCUGAAACCGGGGCAGGCCGUGGGGACUCAGUUGAAGCAGGCUCUUUAUAAGUUUAAUCCGGUAAAUGCGCCGAGGGUGUCAUUUGGGAGGACGCGCAAGGCGCCGGCGUCUACGUGGACGACGAUUGUGAAUCCGAGAAUGUACGCCGGGCCGUAUUUUGUGGCGCAUGGCGUGAACAAGGUUCUGAUUCCGUCUGGCACCAAGGUGUGAUGUGCGGUAACGUUGAAGCAAGUGGAGGGGGCGGGUGUGGACGACCAUUGUGACUCCAACCAUGUACGAUGGGCCGUACGUUGUGGCGCAUGGCGUGAGCAAGGUUCUGAUCCCCUUGGCACCAAGGCGUGAUGUGCGGUGAUGAGGAAGGAGGAGGUGAAGGAUGGAGCAGGAGCGGUGAAGGCUGUAGGGGGCAACGAAUGGAGGGGUGAAAGAUGAAAAGGGAGAAGCAUGGAGGGGAACACAGAUGGGGAGAUGAGAGUGGUUGGCUCCUUUGGGUUAUAAUUCCUUUCUACAGCAAGACGUGGCAAGGUGCUUCACAAGACUGGGGGAAAGGGCAUCGAUAGGAGGGGGAUAGAGAGGGGGGAGUGGGUCAGAGGGAAGGGGAAAGGGGAUAGGGGGGGGUGACAAUCAUGGAGACAGGGCAACGGACGAGGCCCGUUAGAGGAGGGGAGCAAAUGCAGCGGCUAGGAUGCAUAUUGAAGGCAGCGGGACUGCAGCGGGGGGCCAGCUGGGUGCGAUUUGAAGGCUGCUGAAUGUGAAUAAAGAAGACUCGAGUCGUCCAAGAUCGCAUCGCAUCCUCUCGUUAUGAGGACGGGGGACCGCACAGCAGUCAUUGUGCGCGACUCAGUGAGGGCGUGGAGGUUUUACUGAUGGCAAGUUAUGGGGUGCUUCUAUCUAGAAGCUUUGGUGGAUGUUGGGAUCAUUGGUAGCUCAGCUUGUACAUAGAAAUGUUGUGAUCCCAUGUCCACAAAUGAUAAUGCACCCACAUUCAGUUUCUUAGAGCUUGUCAGAACAAGAUAUUACUUUGUUGCGGUUAGGUAAGGUGAUGCAU